CAAGUAUUUAAGGAAUUUAUUCUUAAUAAAUCAAUGCUUGUGGGUUGCAAUGUAUUAGCUGUUAAGCUCAAAAUUGUAUACUGUUUACGUAUAAUACUGUAUGGUGUACAUUAUUGUAUACUUUACCCAUCGUACUAAGAUGAGUCCCCUGUCACACAACAAGUUGUUUACAUUCUUGCGGCGUGGAACAGCGCUCGAACAUAAGCGCGACUACCUCGUCAAUAAUGCCAUACAGCCUGAGCGGCUCGAAUAAUAAACUAUUUAACACUGUGGGACUCAUGUACAAUACAUAUGAAUUGCGCCUUAUGAAGUACACUGUACACUACUGGAAGAUUUAUUCUAACUAUCUUUGGCUGUUCAGCAUGAUCCUGAGUAUGCAUUUUUUGUGGCAUGGUGGAGCACUUUAAUUAUGACGCUACUGGCGCGUUGAAAUUCCAUUCAGUUAAAUAUUGCAUUAUUAUUUCUACAGUUUGAGGAUACUUAUUUAUUUAUAGGACAAACAGACUAUAUGUGUGACGUCAUAAACUGCAAUCUGGACGUGACAAAAUCCAAAAUCGCUUUGCGGGACGCCGUUUACUACAUUAAAUGGAUGGAUGAACACAAAACUGAAAGUUCCCAAACGUUAAUGAAUGACGAAAUUCACAACAGAGAGAGUAUACGUACAAAGGCAAAUAAUUGAAUGAAGGGAAACUUUUAUUGCAGCGCAGCAGACGGCCAUAUGAAUGGGCAGCAGACGCAUCAAAACAUUGACAUCCGAGUUGAGCUGUAAAGCAACUGUCUGCAAUUUCGAUAAGCCUGGAAGAUCUUCCUUAAUCAUUCUCGCUGCGGUUUGCGAUAACAACCGAAAGCGGAAAAAAUAUCGUGGUGAGUGCUUGUAGUCUGCAGUCUCCCGACUCGGAUAUCCAGCGUCAGUCCAGGAGUUCUGCAGUACGCACUGAGGCCAUUGACUGGGAAAAUAUCUCCAGAAGAGUUCGUACGGUAUUUCAUAUGCAAAAAAUGGCAUCAGAAGAAAUUGACAGCGGAGACGACGAUUUCAACAUGAACGAAUUCAGUGGAACGACCAGUGACAGCCGACUGCGCGCUCUGAAUAAUUUACUGCAGCGGCCUAUGCUUCCAGGUUUGGCGCUCCCGGAUUUUGAAGGCUGUCCGGAGCUGGUCAAUUUUAUGCGCGAGAACUGCAAAAUCCUCGUUGUUGGAGCAGGUGGUUUGGGAUGUGAACUGCUCAAAGAUUUGGCUUUACUUGGAUUCCGGCAGCUGACCGUAAUCGACAUGGACACGAUUGAUCUAUCCAAUCUUAACCGACAAUUUUUGUUCAGGCCAAGUGAUAUCGGCAAAAGCAAGGCCGAAUGUGCUGCUCGCUUCAUCAACGAAAGAGUGCCACAGUGUCGAGUGGAAGCUCUCUGCAACCGAAUUGAAGAUUUUGAUGAGGAUUUCUAUCGAGGAUUUCGUAUUGUUGUCUGUGGUUUGGAUUCCGUUGUGGCGCGAAGAUGGAUGAAUGGAAUGCUGCUUUCUCUGCUUUCGUUCGAUGAGGAUAGCAACCUUGACCCAAGCACCAUCAUCCCGCUCGUUGAUGGUGGAACCGAAGGAUUCAAGGGCAAUGUCCGAGUCGUGACCCCUGGUAUUAGCGCUUGUUUGGAAUGCUCUUUGGACCUCUAUCCUCCCGCUGUCAAUUUUCCCAUGUGCACUAUUGCUCAUACUCCUCGUUUACCUGAACACUGUAUUGAGUACGCGAAAAUUUUACUGUGGCCGAAGGAAGAGCCAUUUGGGGUGGGUGUGAACGUAGAUGGAGAUGAUCCGCAACACGUAACCUGGAUUUGGCGAAAAGCGGAAGAGCGAGCAAAAGAGUUUGCCAUUCAGGGCGUCACGUACCGUUUGACGUUGGGAGUUGUCAAGCAUAUUAUUCCUGCAGUUGCCUCCACUAACGCGGUAGUUGCUGCUAUAUGCGCCUCGGAAGUUUUCAAGAUCGCGUCAUCCAUGUAUUCACCUGUCAGCAAUUUCUUGUCCUUCAAUGAUGUCGAUGGGAUAUACACGAAUACUUUCCAGAUGGAACGAAAUCCGGACUGUUUGGCCUGUUCCCAAAUGUCGGUUACUUUUGACGUGGAUUUCACCAAAACCUUGGGAGACUUCAUCGAGUCUUUGAAAGUCAAUCCAAAAUUUCAGAUGAGGAAUCCGGCUGUAACCGCAUCCAUAGAAGGAAAACAACGAACCCUGUAUAUGGCCAGCCUCGAGCAACAAACGAAAGGAAAUUUGGAAAAAACGUUAUACGAUCUGGGUUUAAAAAGUGGUCAGGAAGUGGUAAUUGCGGACAUUACUUCUCCCGCUGCUAAAGUGUUUCACCUGCGAUCUCUACAUAACUAAUGUGAAGUUUACGUUUUUGCCGCUUUUUUGUUUGGAUCAAAUUUUGAUGUGAUUAGAAAUGAUUUUUCCGCUGUACUCUGAGCUUGAAAACACUGUCCUUUUUAGAAGGCAAAUAGCACAGAUUUCUAACAAGAAAAUUUAGAAUAAGG